AUUCUGCUAAGUAAACGUUUGCACUGACAGAAUUGGCAAAUGCAGCUGUUUAAUUUGCAUAUACGCUGUAAUAAACUGAACCUACAGCAGGGGUUUUAGUUCGCCAGUGUGAAGGAUUUCAAAUUUUUUUUAGGUGCUGUCACAGAAGUCAAGAAUAGUUUUACUGUUUCAUCGGAGAAAAAGCACGAGCGAGAAGCCGUGGGAAUCUAAUUUGGAAAGAAAAUGGCAUUACUCUGCGUGAAAGUUAAAAGAGCAAUGCUGCAUGGACCCGCAGAUAAAUUCAACAGCUAUGUUAUCCUAAAAGUUCAGAAUUUGAAGAGCACAACUAUAACCAAAACAGGAAGCGAACCAUGUUGGGAACAGGACUACAUGUUCGAAAUAAGUGAUUUAGAAAGGGGCCUUACAGUGGAAGUGUGGGACAAAGGAUUAAUAUGGGACGCGCUACUAGGAACUGUGUGGAUUCCUCUGAAAACCGUAGAACAUGCUGCUCCAGAAGGACCUGGAGAAUGGAGAAUUUUAAACUCAGAUGUUCUCAUGAAUGAAGGUGAAAUCUGUGGUGCAGACAAUCCUACACUACACGAAAUCUUACUAGACAUCUACUAUGAAUUACCUGCAGAAAUCCCUGAAGAUGAAGCUCAUUUCCUUUUCCAACGACUUCAAAGCUUAAACACAGAUGAGGGCACAGAGCAGGUUUCCAGAGAGGAGAUCGCUCAUAUGAAGAUCACAGAUAGCCAUGUAGAUUUUAUUGAAGAUACCUUCCUGUGUUCUCCAGCUGAAAGCCUCUAUGAAGACAGUGAUUAUCGCAGUGAUCACAGCGCUAGCCAUAGGCACCACACAGCAUACCAGGGUGGAUCACUAACAGAGAAACGCAACCACAGUUUUACAAGCAGCAAUUCAAGGCUCGGCUCACUGCUACCACCCCUGCGCUGACUAGGGAGGGGCGAAGAUGAACACACGCUGUCCUCCGAAGCGUGUGCCGUCAGCCGCCCGCUUCUUUACACUCUGCAGACUCACCGUGCAGCCGCCUCAGAGCUACAGCAUCGGAGGACAACGCAGCUUCUGGGCAGCUUACAGGCAAGCCCGCAGGCGCCCGGCCAGACCACAGGGGUCGCUGGUGCACGGUGAGCCGAGGACACCCUGGCCGACCUAACCCUCCCUCCCCCCGGGCGACGCUCGGCCAAUUGAGCGCCGCCCCCUGGAAGCUCCCGUCCACGGUCGGCUGUGGAAUAGCCUGGACUCGAACUCGUGACAUCCAGGCUAUAGAGCGCAUGCUGCACUCUAGCGAGUGCUUUUACUGGAUGCGCCACUCGGGAGCCCCUGAGUCAUACAUUUUUAAGGAGUUCUCAUUUCCUUCGCUUAUGUUUUUUAGUGAGACAAGCCGAACUAUUAUUGAAACUGAAACCAUGUUCCCCAAGGAUAUUAAUUUAAAUAAUCAGUUUUAUAUUUUUCUGCACUUAAGGCAAUACUGCUUUAUUGCUAGACACCCAAACUAAUUGUUUGCCAAAGGAUAAAACUUAUUAAAAAAAAGUGCUUGGUGUUUUGUGGACAGCACUAUAUCAUGAUUGAUGAAACAAGUGCUGUUGUACUUUUCCACAAGAGAUGUUCAUUUGUUGUUCAGUUUUUUUUUUGGUUUAUUUCACGACCUUAAUAGCACAAAGGAGCUUUAUUCAAUCCAGUGCAAUACUUUUGUUCACAUAAAAAUGUCAAUAGCAAGAGACAGUGAAAAAUAAUGUGAGUGCCAGAUUAAUGUGCUCCUGAGUGUACAGUGCAAACAUGUAAAAAAGAAUUGUAAUUGAUGCCGACCUCCACUCAAGUGCACAGCCAACAGUUUUAGAAAUGCUGGAGUUGGUGUGAGCAUGAAAAAGUUUUAUAAUGUUGGGAUGCAUGGGAGCUUUUGUUGUUCUAGUGGCCGAAAAGACGAAUGUGACAUA